AAGAAUGUACUUCAAUUUCUCCGGCAACACCAGGCCUGCGAUGCUCUUUGGCCUGCUUUAGACAUACUGUAACUGUGAAUGUAUCGAGUAUGUGGGAUUAGGCGUGUGAGUUGAAGUUUACAUGACCGGUGGCAGGUCUUGCUUGGAUUCCUGGUACUGUCUGGACCCGGAUAGCUCCCCUCGAGUUUCAGCCGAGAUGCAGUUUCAAUCAGUGGUUACGUCUCAUCUGGCCAUCCAUGCAUGCUCUAUUCGAGAAGCCUUGGUGGGAUGGUGGCAUGUUUGUAGUCAGUCUUGAGGAGCUCCCUUCCUAAAGAAACCACCACCGAGAAGUCAGAAAUCUCUAUCGGGAGGGAUAGGGAUGUACUGCCCAGUUAUGAAGAAGCCAUGGACAAACCUUGAUUUCUCAUUGAACCUCUUGCGCUGAUGGGUGUCUGCCAAAACACAAGAUUUCCCGGCUGGAUUGGCAUCAACCAGACGGGUCGAAUCCCAGGGCGGUAAGAGAGGCGUAGGUAUGAAGGAGGGAGAAACAGGACGAAUGGACGGACGAAGGAAAGCGUGAGUAUGUGAGUGAGGAGUACCUAUGCUUUGCGGCCUAUCUACCAUCAUAUCUAGUGGAAUCGCCGUCCAUGCCAUGUACGUCUCCCGCGAAGAAACCACCAACACUGACUGACUGCUGGGCAUCUUCUCAUGUGGCGAGUGAUCAAGAAUCACACAGGAAAAGAUUGCAAGAAAAAUGUGAAUGACCAAGGCAGUCAGCCAGGGGUAUUACUGUUGUGCUGCUUUUCGGUGUUCCAAGACUAGUUUGAUAUCGACGACAUCGUUCCGACUAGUUUGAGAUGAUAAUUUAGCUCCAUGAACCGGUAUUGUCGCCAUGUGCUGUCGCGUGAAUACUUGCUGCUUUUGCUUUGAACAUGUCCUCGGUGUCAAAGUCUUGGGCGUUCUAUACAUCUUCGCCAAAAUCAUCCUGAUUGUCUUGUGCACGCUGUUCCUGCCCCAAUACUUGUUCGCCAUUGGACCGUUUUGCUCAAUCGGAAUAUUUUGUGAUAUCUUCUUACUCGUGGCUGCAUUUCGAUCCUCCCGAUGGUUCCUCCUCCCUUGGCUGAUCUAUGUCAUGAUAGCUAUUGUUGGCCUUGGCUUGGCCGCCGUGCUUCGAAUAGUCAUUCCACUCGGUGCUUUUAGUGAGCCUGACUGGCUCGUUAUCAUCUUGAGCAGUGUCCUUUUACUGGCCGUGGCUUCAUUAUUACUCUAUUUUUGGGUGGUCGUCCUUGAGUUAUUCAUACGUCUAGGACCUGUGGGAUAUGAUCCUGGGAUGAUGUAUGGAAGUAAUCCCUACGGAAUGUACCCAACUGUACCGAUGCAACAAUAUGCGCAUCCCUACAAUCAAAAUAUGGCUCCUCCACCGGCAGCAGCAGCAGUUUACUUCCAAGCUGGGCCACCCCCAAUGAGUAGCCUUCCACCUCUUCCUCCGCCCAACCCACACCAUGGGGGUAGAUAUCGGUAGUGCUCAUAAGACCAUUGAUCGGUGCUCAAAUGUUUGAAGUGUCAGAUUAUGAAGUAUAGUUUGGACAAUUGUUAACAUGAUACCUUGUAUGAAACACCAUGGAAUGAAAUACACCGUUUGUACGUAUCACAGCUUCUUGGUCAAUGCUCGCAGUUGAGCUGGAUUUUGUGAUUGACAGUGGUUCUAAAGAUCUACCCAGAUCCAAGUGAGGAUUUGUUUCUCGGGUGUGUUGCAUGUUAAUAGCAUUGAACAGAUAUGUCAACAUCCAGUGGAUGACUUGGGCUUACCUAGAGUUCAAGUUAAUUUGACAGCAUGGACAAAGCCCGCCGGAUCUGAACUUUUGUCUUAAAUUGAAAGCGUUAGUCACACCUUCACACAAUUCAAGGCCAGCUCACGCCCACGGACCACAUAAUGGCACAAGGGCACUUUUCCAUGGAAUGUACUAUUUGUCUAGCCAAUAAAGAACAUGAUGAAAUGUGGGUACUAUAACAUUCCAUAUCGGCAGUACUUUGACUCGAAAAUUGCCAAGGGAUUCAUGUAUCAAUGAGGAAGAUGGUCAAUUGUCAAUUGGACCCAAGUUGAGUUGUUGAAUAUUGAAAUCCAUGAAUCGCCCAAGAACAAUGGUUAUCAAUUUGAUUGACUCGUACACCUACUUGCUUUCUUUGUUAUGUGGAAUGAGUCGCUACAUGCAUAUAUGUGAAUAUAUGAUAGAGGGAGAUGGAAUGGCUCGGUUGAUUAGCCCGUCAAACUGGGCUUGCCAAACUCGCCUUCAUGGGUUCGAUCCCAGGUCUCACCCAACCAACUCUAGAUGACAAAGCUCCCCAAGCGUCAAUAUCCAGCUCCAAAUCACCAAAAUCAGUAAAAGAAUAAUUGUGUUCUAAUGAUGUCCAAAAAUGUCGCAAUAAACACAUUUCAUAAAAAGAACAUUACCUGUAGUGCAGUAAAAGCUCACUCUAUUAUGCUGAAACUCACUCUGGAAGAUGAUCACAUCGACACGUUGUGCUCACGCCAAAGAAUCCGCCGCCUUUUGUUUUGAUCAAAUUUGGCGAAUCAUUAUUGUAAUAUGCACGAGAGCUCCUCAAAAGUGUAGUAGUAUCCAAGUUCGAUUGCCAAAUACAAAGUUCAAAUGGGUCUUGCCCUCGUCAUUCCUUAAUGUGAUUUAUGUAUGCAUGUCAUUGAAAACGGAUAGGUUUCUUAUUCGGUGUGAUUGUAACUCUGAAUGAGCUUGCUCGAUCCUUCUGCAUUAAGCGGAAAGGUGGGGUGGAGAGGUGUUUGGUUGCAAACAAUGACGAAUUAUCUUGAGCCAAAUCGGGGAUUUCCUACCAAAGGUGGAAACUCCAACCGGAAACUCUGUCCUCGGUCCUUUUCCUCGCCUUCGUCUUCGCCCUCUUGUUCUUUUUUCUUCCUUUCUUCACCAGGUGGGUGGUUCGACCUUCCCUUCUUGUACAGUGGUGAGUUGAACCAUUUGGUUGUAUUGACAUUACUCAUUUGCAUUUCUUGAUAAAAGUAAUUCUAGGGAUCUUGGGUUACUCUAAAAAUCAGUUUUAUCAAGGAGAAUGAAGGGUUCACACCUCCUUCGCAUUGUGUUCUUAGGACUUGGGAUCUCAUUCGCUCUUUCCCAUGCCCAACUGUUUACCAAUCCAUCAGAAUGGGAAGAGUUUCUUCAGAACCUUCAAAGGCGUCAAGUUCGGCAAGACCCAUCAUCGGUCUCGGAAACAUCCCAGUCCGUGACGGAGCAACUCAAACUUGUCACUGAGUACCAAGACGAUCAACCCUUGUACCAAAAGCCCCAGCCCCAAAAGGUCUUGUCUAAUCCUAGUCUCGAACCUAUUGAUUUUGAUAUCCUAGUCCCGGACUUUGCCAUUGAAGACAAUGAUUACGAUGACUUCAACAAUGAUUUGGUGGAAGUUGAUGAAGACGUUAUCGGCAUAGUGGAAGCUCGCACCAUUGAUCAAUUGGCCAAACUACGCUUGGAAAAGCUCACCUUUGAUGACAACCUCACGGGGGGAAAUCGGCCUUGUCGAGCGAGUUAUUCCUUGACGAGCUUCAAUCUAGCAUCUUUUGAAGGCCAGGAUACCAAUUGCACAUUUGAGGUGAUUCCAUCUCUUCCCUCAAUUUGCCGGCUGAGCCUUGAGUUCCACCACUUCAUCUCUUCGGCAAGAAGCGGCGAAUUGUGUACCACAUCCGGUAUCCAAAUCGGCGAUGGACAAAGGAAAUGUGGCAACUUGACAGGCAAAUACGAGGAAAUUCGCUUUGGGGAUGGACCAAUUGAAAUUCAAAUCAUUUCAGAGGAUAAUGCUAACACAAGUAAUGAUUCGUCCGAAUCAAUUGAGUAUAACAUUACUGUCCGGCAAAUCAAUUGUGCUCAGCCUGAAGACACAAAGCUAAUGUUGGCCCAAGCAGAUGCAUCCACCUCCGAAGUUACGAGCCUCCGACAAGAGCAAGGAUGUAAUGAGAUUUACAAUCUGGAAGAGUUCAUAAUUCAGUCCCCCAAAUACCCCAACCAAUAUCCUGCUUCGACGGAUUGCUCGAUCACGGUUUUUGCUUCGGACGCUAAUAUCUGCUUUCUGGAAUUGCGGUUUGACGAAUUUAGGUUGGAACCGUCUGCAGUGAGUGACGAAUGUGCCAACGACUACCUAGAAAUUUCUGACGACAAUGAUUUAAGGCAACCACGCAGGUAUUGUGGGGUUUUCACCGGAAUUCGCUUGCUGGAGAUUGAAGGAACCAAACGAUUUCUAUUCCACUCGAACGAGAGGAACAAUGAUCUUGGUUAUUCAAUUUUUGUGAAGCAGAUCCAAUGUGACGACCCGAUUCCACCGUCCUCAGAAUCUCCUGCAAGAACAACUCCAUCAUUCAAUAACGAUGAUACCUCAAGUGCCAGACCUGACUUUAGCACAUCUCGUCCUAACUUCUCAACCUCAACCGCCUCGUCAACCAAUAGGCCACCGUUUGUCUCAACCACAACACCGAACCCAUUUUUUACCACUUUCCCAACUUUACCGCCAUCCUUUGGAACGACUCAAAAUCCAUUCUUCACGUCAUCAAGACCGAGUUUCUCCUCCACUGAGCACCCAUACUUUACUACGCCCAAACCCAACCCAAACCCGGGAUAUUUUCCCCCCAUUCCCUCCUACCGACCUCCAGUGGUUCAGAUUACUCCAACGUUCCCUCCUGGGGGGGCAAGACCGACUUUUGCCACUGGAAAACCUACCUUUUGCUCGCGUACGUUUGUGGUGAACAACCCUAUAAGAAUAACGUCACCUCAUUAUCCAAGACGGUACCUAAAUGAAGAGACUUGUGAAUAUAGAGUGCAAUUUACUAGGUCUGACAUUUGUUUCCUAAAAGUGAAUUAUCUCAAUUUUUCGCUAGAAAAAUCGCAUGAUUGUUUCAAAGAUCAUCUCUUGAUUAAUGGAAACAAAAUUUGUGGACGCCAAGUUGGCUCGGUUUUGUACCCUCAACAAGGACCACAGGCCAUUUUGAAGUUCUCUUCAGAUAACUUUGGAAGAGACUUUGGCUUUGAUAUUGAGCUUAGUCAGAUAUCAUGUGAGGAACAACCAUUAAUCUCAUCCAGCACGUCAAGGCCAUCAUAUAUUACCCCCGUUCCCAAUCUACCGGACACUAUCCAGGAAAUUGGCAACUCUUAUGGAUCUCCUCAAUCUGUGGUUCUAAUGUCCUCUUCCGAUGAAUUGGGGACUCCGCAACUCAUUGGGUCCCUGGAAAACUCGGCACACCCAAUACCUAUUCGUGCUCCUGUCGACGACAUUAGCAAUGGGAUAAUUCCUAUUUCGGCGGAAUAUGGCGGACUCCUACCAAUUCAAUUUCAUCAUCUUCAACCUUCCGAACCAUUUGCACCUGAGGAGGGUUGGAACGAAGUGCUGCCCACUGCUAGGCCUCAUUUCAAUCCAGAAGUCAAUACCAAUGUUCCAAAUGGUAGACCUCCGUUUAAUCCCAUUACUCCAAGUGAAAGGCCUCCAUUCAAUUUUGGUACUCCAAGUGUCAGACCUCCAUUCAAUCCUAGUUUUCCUGUCGCAAGACCUUCUGAUGGUUCUGUACUUGAGCCUGCCAAUCCAACUGGACGACCGCCUUUCUAUUCCCAUUCCUCUUCUGGGUCUCCCCCGUUCAAUCCCAGUUCUUCGAUUGGAGGAAGUCCUUAUGAGCCAAGAAAUCCUACAGGUCGACCACCAUUCAAUCCCAGGCCUUCGACUGGAGGAAGUCUUUAUAAGCCUGCAAACCCUACAGGUCGACCACCAUUCAAUCCCAGCAUUCCAAUGGGUAGACCCCCAUUUACACCUUACGAGCCGUCUCCUCCAGGAUCAACUUCAGACAGCAAUCAUCCAAAUGAUUUGUACGAGGUAUCAGACGGAGCAACAUUUGUGCCUAACCAAUCCUCGUACAUCAGUCCUCCAUCCGGUUCGUACGGAGCUCCUCCAUCUCAUUAUGGGAGGCCAACGUAUCAUCGACCUCACCGACCACAUGGGAAAAGAAAACCAAAGCUUUUGUUUCCUUUCACGAAGAUCUUGAACUCCAAACGCAAGCUCAUUCACAACGUCUUAUCAAAAUUACGAAAACCAAGAUUUUUUCAAAAGCACAAAAAGAACAAACGACCUUCAAGUGGAUAUGGAGUACCUCAUGAGCCACCUCUUGGAUCUGGGUAUGGAGCACCGCAAGGGCGGCCCAUCGGCUCCAAUUAUGGUGUGCCACAAGGUCCUCCUGUUGGAUCGGGAUAUGGAAUUCCCAAAGGUCCACCUUUGGGCUCUAGCUAUGGGGCACCACAAAGUCCACCAUUUGGUUCAGACUAUGGAAUGUCUCUAGGGUCAAGUAAUAAUUUAUCGCCGCAGGGACCAAAUUCUUCUCCUGGGAUAUCAAAUCAGCAUCAAGGCAAACCCAAUUAUCAGCCAGACAAUGUUUUACCCCUCCCCACAGCUCGACCUCCUUUUGAUACACCAUCAGGACCGGCCCUCUCCCCUGGUGGAUCCAAUCACUUCCCAAGCCACGAGUCUAAUCCCUCGUACACCAAUCCAUCCCUUCCGACAGCUCGACCUCCGUUCAAUCGCUCUCAAUUAGUAGAAAAAGAUAUUGGCACAAAACUUCAAAAUGAAGUGCUGACCAGUUACGAUGUACCAAUAAUACCUGGUACCUCGAAUAACGUUGGUCCAGGAUUUGAGGUACCAUCAAAGCCGAUAGUAAACUGCGGAACCACGACCCAAGAAAACGAAUUCAUCUUGCAAUCGCCAGGCUACCCAAAGGACUAUCAAAACCUUGUAGAUUGCUACUUUGAGGUCAUUCCUGCUCCAAACUCAUGUUUUCUACAUUUGAGUUUGAUCGACUUUAUCGUAGAGGAAUCGCUUGGUUGUGUGGAAGAUUACUUGGAGCUGGAUGGAACAAGGGUCUGUGGUCAACAAUCGGGCAAAGAAGUCGUCUUAUCGCUUCGGCAAAACUCGUGGAAGAUUCCAUUCAAAUCAGAUUCAAGAGGCACUUGUCGGGGUUUCCAAAUCGCAGGAAGGCAGGUUUCAUGCCAAUCUGAGGUUAUCCCACGAAAUUCUCUGCUUACAGAGCCGUCCUUGCAAUUACCAAAUGUAAUUGAAUCUUCAUCUUGCAUCACAGAUGUUGAAGCCAUUGAAGGAACACUGAAUGGAUUUUCAAAAGGCUGCACAGAACGAAUCGUCCCACGUCUAGGAAUGUGUAGGAUCGAUUUCAGAAUGACCAAUUUGGCUUUUGGUUCAGCCACUUGCCGUGGACCACCGAUCGAAAUCAAUUCUGUGCCAUUCUGUUAUUCGCCUGGGAUUACCUCUUUGCAUGACGUUGCACUAAAUCCUGGAUCAUUCAAUCCGAACUUUGUGACCCUCCUCCCCAAAUCAACUUUAUCGAACGGUCCGGCUUCAGUUGGGCUCCAGCGGGACCAACAUAAAGAUUGGAAGAUAGAGUUCAGACAAAUCCCUUGUUAAAAGGUCAACUGUCGAAACAUCAAUUCAUUUUGUUUGCUAUUCCGUCGCUAGAUGGUAGUGGGGAUGGAUUUCAGGAAAACUGUCUUCUUACUUUACCUCGAGGCGCCAUUUUUCUAUUGUGAAUCCUCUAAUCAUUGUUAAUGCAACUUACAUGAUAUCUUUCCGAGGUGUAUUCUGAGGUAAACCUUUCUGUAUUUGCGUUUGAUGACGAUUGUGGAGAUGUGGCGAUUAAUAUAUGAAACACAUGAUUUAUUUGAGAA